AUGCACCCCUCCCAGUCCAUGCUGGGCGAAGGGGGCUUCGAAAUCAACCUGGACCAGCGGAAGCUGAGGACCCCCCAGGCCAAGCUUUUCGCGGUGCCGAGCGAGGCCCUGGCCGUGGCCGUGGCCACCGAGUGGGAUGCCCAGCGGGACACCAUCCAGCUGUACGCCAUGCACCUGACCACACUGUGCAACACGGCUCUGGACAACCCAACCCAGCGGGACAAGACGCAGCUCAUCCAAGCGGCUGUUAAGUUCCUGGAAACGGACACAAUCUGUUACAGGGUGGAGGAGCCAGCUACCCUGGUGGAGCUGCAGAGGAACCAGUGGGACCCCAUGAUCGAGUGGGCAGAGAAAAGGUAUAACGUGACAAUUGGCUCGUCGACCAGCAUCACUGGGCCCACCAUCCCUGCAAGCACCAGAGAGACCUUCAGCAGCCACUUGGCCUCGUACAACAUGUGGGCGCUGCAAGGGAUAGAAUACGUGAUCAACCAGCUGAAAUCCUUUAUCCUGUCCAUGGGGCUGAUAGACAGGCACAUAACAGUUGAGGAAGCUGUGCUGCUGUCUCGGUUGGAGGAGGAGUACCAGAUCCAGCGCUGGGGCAAGGUGGAGUGGGCCCAUGACUUUGACCUGCACGAGCUGCGUGCCCGCGCGGCUGCUGGGGUCCUCUUCACCCACCUCUGCUUGGAGAGCUCGACAGUGAAGCACAAGCUGCUGCAAGACUCAGGCCCAGGGAGGUAGUGGACACAAGGCAGGAGAAUGCAGCGGGUCAGAGCCACUUGCUUGCCACCAGUGGUGCCCUGUCCCUCCCAGAACGUUGUUCCAGCUGGCCCAGCAGCGAGCAGGCCUGACCUGUUGAGGAUCCUAGCCCAGCACUGGCCAAGCCAUGCCAGCAACUCUCCGCACCCCCCAUUCUGUAGGAGGGGAGGUCCAGGUGAAGCCCUGGUGUUAAACGUCCCAGCCCUGGCUGUUGCUGGGGCUUGUCGUGAAUUAGAGAAAUCCUACACUUCUCUCUCCAUCCCGGUGCCAUAGCCUCUCUCAUCCGCCGUGUGCUGUGAGAUCCACCAAGCUGUUACCUGCGUGUAAUGCUAAAUCCAGAGGGAUCUGUGCGGUCAGGCAGGGCAUGGAUGGGGCUGUGUGCACCCCUCACCCAGUGUAGGUCUGCUGGAGCCUCUCCUGGUUUGAUUAAAGGCCCUGUGGCCAGUACUGGAA